AUGCCGGGCUUUGGCUUGGUGAAGAAUAUCUUGGACACUGCCUUGCUCUUCGUGCCAGAUGCAACUCGAGGUGUCGAAUCCUCCUUCGCCAAGCGAAAUGUGGAGUUCCUGCGGAACUACGUCGGGUCUGGCCUGAAGCCUCGGAAAGACCCGGGGGGCUUGCUUCUCAACGAGUCUGACAUUCGCUCCGGGGACUUCCUCGGCGUUUUGCGACUCGACGGUCUGGAUCCGAUGUUGGCCUGGGGCAUGGGCUCUCACACUGGUCACACGGCUGUGGCCAUCUGGGAGGAUGGCCAGCUGUAUGUGGCGGAGAGCACUGUCAACAGCUCCUACUGGCCAACCAACGGCAUCCAGCGUACGCCUUACCGCCAGUGGAUCACCCAGGCCCGCGCCGCAGGGUAUUCCACCGUACAUGCGCCCUUGAAGGAGGAGUAUCGCAAAACCUUCGAUGAGCGCAUGGAGCUCAGGAAGCAGGGAAGCAAGGAAGCCACGGAGCGAGGUGAGGCCAAUGCCUUCUUCCACAAGUACGAAGGAACCUUGGUUGAAGCUCCUCAUCUGCAGCCUGCCUCAGAGACCUACCAGCUCUUGAGUCCAUGCCUUGCCCUCCGAUGUAUGCCAGCGUGCGCCCUCGACCCCUGUCUCGAGUAUGGGUACCACGCGCUUCUCACGGGAUGGAUCGACACCCUCCGAAACAACUACCCGCACCCUGGCCGCAGGAAGACCAUGGAAAGGUGCAAGCCGCCCUACGACACUCCGGAAGGUGAGAAGCAGAAUCAGCACGUGACCGGAUCUUCCUUCAGCAACCUCUCGGCCACGGAGCUCUACCGACGGGCACAGGCUAAAGGGAUGGAGCUGGCCGAAAUCCCCGCAGUAGUGGAGCCAGACGGAGUUCUGUACCCGUCAAUCUUCAACAAUGGGACCACCGCCAAGUCGAUUGCCAUG